GGCGGGGCCUGAGGUUCCCUGCGCCGGAGCUUGUGGCGUCAAUGCGCUGCUGUGUCCAUGGAGAGAAGCUGAGGCUUCUGAGCUCCGGCCCAAGGCACCUGGGCGCCGGACGGUGAGAAUGUCGGCUUCGUUAGUCCGGGCCACUGUCCGGGCUGUGAGCAAGAGGAAGCUGCAGGCCACUCGGGCCGCCCUCACUCUGACACCUUCAGCAGUAAACAAGAUAAAACAACUUCUUAAAGAUAAGCCUGAACAUGUAGGUGUGAAAGUUGGUGUCCGGACCAGAGGUUGUAAUGGCCUGUCUUACACUCUAGAAUAUACAAAGACAAAAGGAGAUUCUGAUGAAGAAGUUGUUCAAGAUGGAGUCAGAGUGUUCAUCGAAAAGAAGGCUCAGCUGACACUUUUAGGAACAGAAAUGGACUAUGUCGAGGACAAACUAUCCAGUGAGUUUGUGUUCAAUAACCCGAACAUCAAAGGAACAUGUGGCUGUGGAGAAAGCUUUAACCUUUGACUCCUCCGGACUGCUGUGGCCGUGAGCCCCAGGAAAGCCCACGGAAGCCCCGGGCUUGCUGAAGAAAUCGUGUGCCCGUCACGUGCUUAAGGUUCAUACUGCAUGGCUGCCUCCUGAGGACAAUAAAGUGAUGCAUUUGGAAAAUGAAGCCAGUGUGUUAGAUUUCAGAGGUGAUAUUUGUAUUCUUUUUAGGGGACAGAAUGUAAGAAGCCAUCAUUCUUUUGGGGUCAUUUUUCUGAUCUGUACAGAAAAAAAAAAAUCCUACCCUGCACUUACUUUUCGUGCACCCUUUCUGCUAGAUCCAGUUUUACAGAAGGUGCCUGCCUGGGAGAAUUCUGGCAAACAUGUCUUAACAAGUGCGCAUUCUGCAGCUCUCUGCUGAACAGCUGCAAUGUGCAGCUCCAGCCAGGUUGAUGGCUGUCGAAUUCAGAGGCAGAAGGUCCUGACUGCUGGGUUGACAUGGUGCUGCAUCAUUUUUCCGCACAAGCUUGGCACGACCUUGACCCAAAAGUUCAUUGUGAAACGCCUCGUUCACUCACCCUGCAGCAGCAUCAGAUGCCAAUAGAUGGAGGUGUCAAAGAUUUCCCUGAAUGGUUUUGAGUGACGGCCUAAGAAAUGCUCCGCCCACCAUUUUUCAUCCGUUUCCUUUGCUACCCUAGGUGUCUGCUCAAGGAGGGAUCUCUAGCUUAGAUGCUUUUAUUUGAAAGGUCUCUGACAAGCCAUGCAGCCCAGCCCCCUCAGUCCUGUACCUAAGGAAGUGAAGCUCCGGGGCAGGAGAAGGGCUGUGUCCUCCGCGCACUGCGGAGCCGCAGGGCUGGCGUGCAGCCUGGGCUCUGGGGUGGGCAGUGAAGGUAAAUGACCGGGCUGUCUGGCUUCUCUGACUGACAUGUUGGUGAGAUUUCUGUGUCAUUUGGUGGAGAUCUCAUUUUUUAUUUUAUUUUGAGUGGGAAAAAUCUUAUUUUAAAGCCCCUUUAUGUGAAUUGCCAUGUUGUUUCUUCUGAAGUGUGCCGCAGUGGUUUAUACGAGCAGGGGAGAUACUAUAGCAACCCAGAAGUUCCCUUUUGGAAUGUGGUAGCAAUUGUGCAGCAGCACACGGAGGUCUUUUCCCAAAAUUCCCAAUAAGCAUACACUUUCUGAAUCUUUAGUCCAGUUGCUAAAAUUUUUAAAUCUACUAUUUUAACCUAACAUUUUUAGCAUCAGUUUUUCUUUUUAACAGUGUUCCUUUUGUAAUGUGAUUACUGAGUUUCCUAGGUUGGACAUAUUAAGUGUUUGAUGAGAUGCCAUAUGCUUUUUUGAAAGCCGAGUCUUAUGAAGUGAAGCGGCCAAGUUCCUUGACGUGUGUUGUGUUUGCUGAGUAGCUGCCACCAACCGCACCAAAACCCAGAGCAGAGCAGUAGCUUUAUGCUUAUGAGUUUGUAUUACUGAGAUUUGUGCAAUACUGAAUGUGUGUAGUGAUCGAGUUGUCAAUAAAAAAAAUGUGGCUUCUUUGUGAUCAUAAAA